AGAACACCCCUGCCUCCCCCUUAUAUUCCAUACUCACAAUGUACGGGCUGCUGUGUGAGAGUCUGCACGACUUUAUCAAGGAAUCAUAUGGAGACGAUGUGUGGAAGCUGGUGCGGGAACGGGCCGACGUCAGGCUUCACUCCUUUGUAACUCAUGAGGUCUACAGUGAGAGCGUCAUCCCACGCAUUGCCAUGGCAGCCAGCGGUGUGACUGGGACCCCCUACAGCGAGCUGAUGAACUCCUGGGGCGUCUACUUCCUGGGAUUUGUGGGGAAGUACGGAUAUGACAGGAUCCUGAAGGUUCUGGGUAGACAUGUGCGUGACUUUGUGAAUGGCUUAGACAAUCUACACGAGUACCUUCGCUUCAGUUAUCCCAAAGUCCAGCCUCCAACGUUCUUUUGCCAGGAGGAGUCAGCAACGGGAGUUACCCUUCACUACAGGAGUAAACGGAAAGGAUACCUUCACUAUGCCAUGGGUCAGCUGCGACAAAUGGGCAAGCAGUUCUAUGACACAGAUAUUCACGUGGAGGUGCUGUCGGAACAGUUAGUGGGUGAUUACUCACAUGUCACCAUGAGGUUGAACUUCGACAACUCUGCGUACCGCUACAUCCAGAAGGAGGACACCGAGGAGCAGGAGAUGCUGCCCUUCACCAGUGACUUCUUCUUCGAAGUCUUCCCCUUCAACAUUGUCUUCAGACAGGACAUGGUGGUUCACAACGUGGGAUCCGGACUGGCCACCGUCUUCCCCGACCUGGACGGCAAACUGAUCACUGACACCUUCCUGCUGGCUCGGCCCCUGGUGGAGUUCACGUGGAGCAUGAUCAUAUCUCAUCCCAACAACCUGUUUGAGAUCAUCUCCAAAGAGCCUGUAAAACGAGAGCGGAAUCUCCACAACAGAGUGCAGAGUGAGUGAGGGAACGAUGGCAGCCGCUGCCUUCGGCUGAAGGGACAGAUGAGAUACAUGCCAGAGUGGGAAUCCAUCAUCUUCCUGGGGACCCCUGUCAUGGAGAGCCUGGGUGCCAUGUUUAAGACGGGCUUGUACAUCAAUGACCUCAGUAUGCACGACUCCAGUCGGGACCUGGUCCUUGCUGGGACACAGCAGUCCGAGGAGCUGAAACGGGCUCUGAUACAGGAGCAGAAGAAGUCGAGCAAGCUGGAGGAGAGCAUGAAGAUGUUGGAUUACGAAAUGAAGAAGACCGACGACCUCCUCUACAGGAUGAUCCCCAAGCCUGUGGCCAAGAGUCUGCGCAAAGGCGUGCCCUCCGUCAACACCUGUGAGGUAUUCCCGGACGUGACCAUCCUCUUCAGUGACGUGGUUGGUUUCACUCGGAUCUGCAGCCACAUCACUCCGAUGCAAGUGGUCUCCAUGUUGAACACGAUGUACACACUGUUCGACACCCUGAGUGAGAAGCACAGAGUGUUCAAGGUGGAGACGAUCGGCGAUGCCUACAUGGUGGUGGCAGGAGUCCCGGAGAAAACCAAGUUUCACGCCCACAAUAUCUGUGACAUGGCCCUGGAUAUGGUCCGAUCCAUCGACCACCUCAAAGACCCAUCCACCGGGAACAACAUCCAGAUCCGUGUCGGUGUUCACUCUGGGAUGGUGGUGGCAGGGGUGGUGGGGCACAAGAUGCCUCGCUUUGGGCUGUACGGAGACACCGUCCACUCAGCAUCGGCCAUGGAAAGUAACGGCAAGGAAGAGCAUUCCACUGCCCUAACUGCCAUCCUGCCCACACUGAGUCAAGGACUAAGGAUGAAAAGGAAAAUAAAAUCUUACCUGUUCUUGCCCGUGCCUCCUCACCAGUGCCUCUUGAGCUAA